GCGGGGGGUGGGGGUAGUGAGGACUGCGGCGGAGGUGGCCGCGGGCGGUGUCCGUCCCUGGAGCGCGGGGCGGGCUGUGGACGCCGGUGGAAGAGUCGCUGGCUUUUCCGGGUGAGGACUGGCAUGUUCCUGCAUCAAGUUUGCUUCCGCAGACCUUUUGAUGCCUGACCUUCCUGUACCGAUUACACUCAACAUCUUGUUUAGAAAAUGGGUCCUACAGGACGCCUUGUUACCAUCAAAAGGAGCGGGGCGGACGGCCCCCACUUUCCACUGAGCCUCAGCACCUGCUUGUUUGGAAGGGGUAUUGAAUGUGACAUUCGCAUCCAGCUCCCUGUAGUCUCAAAACAACAUUGCAAAAUUGAAAUCAAUGGGCGGGAGGCAAUGCUGUUUAAUUUCAGUUCCACGAAUCCAACACAAGUCAAUGGAUCUACCAUUGAUGGACCUGUACAACUAAAGCAUGGAGAUGUGAUCACUGUUGUUGACCGUUCCUUCAGGUACGAAAAUGAAAGUCACGAGGACAGAAGGAAGUCUACUGAAUUCCCAGGACAAAGACGCAAACAGGAAUCUCUGCGUCGAGUCUCAAGGUCUAGCCUCUCUUCCGACCCUGACGGGAAGCUUCAAGAUUCCGACGUCCGUUCAAGAGCCUCUGAAGACAGUGUUUCAGGAAGGCCUCUGAAGAAUGUCCAAGCAGCGGGCAUGGUCUCUGGUGGCUGUGAGGACUGGGUUGCAAGCAGAACGCCUAAUGUCGUUCUUCCCUCAGAACUUGCUGGAGGUAACUCCAGAAAUACCACGGAUCCUACAGGCAGGGAUUCUAAGGAAGAUUUCAGCAUAACAUUAGUGAGCUGUAAAGGAGACCUGAAGCCUUUACCCUCUACGCAGGGUCUGGAGAAUGGUGCAAACAAUGAAUCUCCCUUUAAGAAGCUUUACGAGUCAAUGAAGGAAGAGCUUGAUGUGAAAUCAGAAAAAGGAGACGUGCUACAGAGCGGUAAAAAAUCAGGAACGCGGAGUCAUCACCCACCAGAGAAGGAAUGUUCUGGUGAUUUACAAGGCGGGACACAAGUCCCAGGGUCACUUAAAUCCAGACCUAGGUCAGGUCGGGGCACCCAAAUGAAGGCAGAUCCUGCUUUGGGAGAACAAGGUAUUAGCCAGACCGAGGACAGGAGACAAGGUGAGGAGGCUGUGGAGACUUCCAAGGAGACCAGGGGUCCCAUCGUCCCUCCUGAGGAGAUGACAGAAACCAAGACCCUGGCACAACGUUCCCCACAGGCCUCGCGGAAACGUCAGCAUGAAGACAUGAUGGUCGCCGGCGGAAGUGCGCCUGUGAAUUUGGAUCAAAAGGAAGGCUUCAGGACAGAUAACAAGACGUUUACUCCUAGGAAGUCCUUAGCCAGAAACCAAACACCCGCUAAAGUCGAAAACGCUGAUAAUUUUGGAGAUACACCAGAAAACCUCUUUUCCAAAAGGAGGAGGAGUAUUCCUACCAGUGUGGACGUUCUUACACCAGAACCAGAAACUCAGAAUCACGCGAUUUUAGCUCCGUUGCCCGUUCAAGUUGAAAGGAAGAUUCCGAACAGUUCUGUCCACCAGCCUGAGAAAGCGGGCGCCGCCGUGGGGCGCAUGCACUCUGGGUUACCUGGUCGUAGUUCAGUUGAUACAAGCAACUUUGGGGACUCUAUCAAUAAGACUGAGGGAACACCCCUGAAAAGAAGGCGGGUCUCCUUCGGUGGUCGUCUGAAGCCGGAGUUAUUUGAUGAAAACUUACCUCCUAAUACACCUCUCAAGAGAGGAGAAACACCCAGAAGGUCACUUGUAAGCCACACUCCACCUGUCCUGAAGAAAAUCAUCAAGGUAGGGUCAACGGACCGUCCUCAACCAUCGGGAAAAGAAGAUUCUUCCGGACUCCAUUUGGAAGGGACCGCACAACCGCAGUUCGCGGGAUCUCCAGCUCGUGAUCCGACCAGGACUUCUCCAGGUGCCCGUGACCCACGUCGCAGGUCACCCAAGGCGUCCUCGGUCUCCGGCGGCAGCAAAUCUCAUCACACGGAUGUUCCUAAGAGGGGAGGCAGGAAGAGCGGUGGCUUGCUUUCAAAGAGAACCUCCAUCGACCGGAGCCAGCAUGACAUCUUGCAGAGGAUUUACUCCAAAAGAAGGAGUGGAGCUUCUGAAGCCAAUUUAGUCGUGGCGAAGUCGUGGGCGGACGUAGUGAAACUCGGGGCCAAACAGACCCAGGCUAAAGCGGUCAAACAUGGCCCCCAGCGACAGCUGAGCAAAAGGCCAAGAAAAGCGAACACUCCGAAGAAGCCUGUUAGCGGCGUUCACAGUGAGUUUAGUACAGGCCAUGCCAACUCUCCUUGUACCAUAAUAAUAGGGAAAGCUCACCUUGAAAAAGUAAAUGUGCCUGCCCGGCCCUACAGAAUGCUCAACAACUUUGUCAUCAACAAGAAGGUGGACUUCAAUGAAGAUCUGUCAGGGUUAACUGAAAUGUUCCAGACUCCAGCAGCGAAAGUGAAGCCACAGACGAUGAGCCUGCGUCCCAGCGCUCUCUCAGAGGACGUUGUCAGAAAAGAGUUUCAAGUACCUGACCCGGGAGAAAAACCUCUGCUAUGCACGUCAGAAACUUUCGGAGAGAAUGUAUUCCCCGUGACUCAGAAUGGACCGCAAGAGCCGUCUGAUAAAAGCCUCGUGAGCCCUGUCCUCAGACGUCAGAGUGUCAGAGUAAAUGUGAACAUUGAGAAAACUCCGGGAUCGGGGGCUCCGAAGGCCACGUCAAGCGCCAACAGGCUUCGAAGGUCCGUGGGGCCCAGAAGUAUACAGAUGCCAGGAGCAGGGCGCAAGGACGAAGAAGCCAAGAUGGACACUGUGGAGAAUGUUCCGGGACGACUUCUGAGGAAGACCCCGCAACGAGAACAGAAACUGGAGGGAGCAGCGAAGGAACAGGAGAGCUAUUUUGAAGCGAGUGAGAACGAUACCGAGCCAAAGGAAAAUUCUGAAGAGGUGGUCGCAGUGAGGAGAUCGAGAAGAUAUUCAGAGCAAAACCAGGAACCAGCUGCAGACCUGACCCCCCUCAAGACAUGGCAAGACACAGAACCCAAGGAAGACCUGGGAGGCAUCCAAGGUCUCCUCCGCAUGCCCAUUCGUGUGCAGGAACCAAAGGAGGCUGAGAAUAAAACCGCAGAAAAGCGCCAGAAAUCUUCAAAGUUGGAACUAGCUGGCAUGCCAGCCGCAAUGAGCGUGCAGCUUGAGACCCCUCUGCAGAAAGUGGACCUGGAGGAAGAGCCCCUGGCUCUCGGGAAGCCCAUCCAGAUGCCAGGAGGAAGCACACACUCACACGGAGAACCUGCAGGUGGUGAUGAAGACAUCGGAUUGUUCAAGGAAACCCCAAAGCAGAAACUGGAUCCUGCAGAAAAUGUAGUUGGAAGCAAGAGGCGGUCAAGAACACCCAAGAAAAAGGUCCAGUCCUUAGAAGACCUGGUUGGCCUCAAAGAGCUUUUCCAAACACCAAGCCACACAGAUAAGCCAAUAGCUGGUGACCAAACCACCAAAGCACCCUGCCAAUCUCCACUAGCAGGACCAGGCAACAUGCCAGCAAGUAAAAAGAGGCGGCUCGAGACCCCUCCCCAGAAAGUGGGCCUGGAGGAAGAGCCCCCAGCUCUCGGGAAGUCCACCCAGAUGCCAGGGGAAAGCCCACAUGAACACACGGAAUCAGGAGGCGGGGAUAAAGACAUUAAAUUGUUUAACAAAACUCCAGAGCAGAAACUGAAACCUGCAGACAACGUAACUGGAAGCAAGAGGCGGCCAAGAACACCCCAAAAAAAGGUCCAGUCCCUAGAAGACCUGGUUGGCCUCAAAGAGCUUUUCCAAACCCCAGAGCAAACCAAGAAAACAACAGCUGUUGUCAAAACCACAAUAGUGCCCUGCAAAUCUCCGCUAGCAGAAACCGUCAACAUACCAACCCACAUGAAGACACGGCUCAAGGUAGCUCUGGGGAAGGUCACCGUAGAGAACGAGCUCUCAGCUGUCACGAAGCCCACCCAAAGGCCAGAGGAAGCCACACGCACACACAGAGAACCAGUAGGGGAAGAUGAAGACAUCAGAUUGUUCAAGAAAACUCCAAAGCAGACACUGAAACCUGAGGAAGAUGUAACUGGAAGCAAAAGGCAGCCAAGAACACCCAAGAAAAAGGUCCAGUCCCUAGAAGACCUGGUUGGUCUCAAAGAGCUUUUCCAAACCCCAGACCCAGGGACUGGUGACCAAACCACCAAAGUUCCCUCUAAAUCUCCACGAGCAGAACCAGUCAACACGCCAGCAAGUGGAAAGAGGUGGCUCGAGACCCCUCCCCAGAAAGUGGACCUGGAGGAAGAGCCCUCAGCUCUCAGGAAGCCCACCCGGAUGCCAGGGGAAAGCCCACACGAACACAGAGAACCUGGAGGUAAGGAGGAAGACAUCAACUUGUUUAAGGAAACCCCAAAGCAGGAACUGGACCCUGCAGAAAAUGUAACUGGAAGCAAAAAGCAGCCAAGAACACCCAGGAGGAACAUCCAGUCUUUAGAAGACCUGGUUGGCCUCAAAGAGCUUUUCCAAACACCAAACCACACAGAUAAGCCAAUGACUGGUGACCAAACCACCAAAGCACCCUGCCAAUCUCCACUAGCAGGACCAGGCAACAAGCCAACCAAUAGAAGGAGGCGGCUCAAGACCCCUCCCCAGAAAGUGGACCUGGAGGAAGAACCCUCAGCUCUCAGGAAGCCCACCCAGCUGCCAGGGGAAAGCCCACAUGAACACGGAGAACCUGUAGGUGGUGAUGCAGACAUCGGAUUGUUCAAGGACACCCCAAAGCCAAAACUGGAGCCUGUAAGAAAUGUAUCUAGAAGCAAGAGGCGGCCAAGAACACCCAAGAAAAAGAUCCAGUCCUCAGAAGACCUGGCUGGUCUCAAAGAGCUUUUCCAAACCACAGACCCAGUGACUGGUGACCGAACCACCAAAGCACCCUUCCAGUCUCCGCUUGCAGGACCAGGCAACAAGCCUACCAAUAGAAGGAGGCGGCUCAAGACCCCUCCCCAGAAAGCUGAUCUUAAGGAAGAGCCCUCAGCUCUCAGGAAGCCCACCCAAACGCCAGAGGAAAGCACUCACUCGCUCAGAGAAUCAGGAGGUGAUGAUAAAGAUGUUAAAUUGUUUAAUAGAACUGCAAAGCAGAAACUGGGCCCCACAGAAAACGUAACGGGCAGGAAAAAUCGGCCAAGAGCGCCGAACCCCACCCAACCCCUGGAAGACCUGGCCAGUUUCAGAGAGUCCUUCCCGAGGCCAGAUCACACCAAGCAACGGGGUGAUGCUGGUGGCAUCCAGGGAGCUCCAAAGCAAACACCAGACGGAGGGAAACCUGUGAAACCCCUAGCAAGAGUCCGUAGGGCCCCUCGAGGAAAGCCCGUGGAAGAUCUGGCAGGCCACCGAGACCCUGCAAAAUCUCGGAGUGAAAGCAGUGUUUCCCCGUCCCCAAAGAGAAAACGAGGAAACGAGGGAGGUGGCCCAGGAACAAAGAGGCUGCGCUCUGUGACACCUGCCCAGGCCACUGCCGAAGAGAAGCCUCCCCUGAAGAAAAGAAGGGGGGCCCCCAGAGAAGGACGUGACCCCCCUGAGCCCCUGACCGCGAAGAGAAAGCUAAGGAUUGUAGCGGAAAGGAUGGAAGUCCCAGAGGACCUGACCGGCGGCGAGAGGGAAAGCAGGACAGAGGGGCGAGAAGUAGGAAGGACGACGGCCUCUCCACAACAGGCGAUGUCUCUCCGCUCGAGACGGCCAAAUAAAACCAAGCUCGAAGAGCAAAGGCCCGAGCCUGUUAAAGCAGCAGCAGAGAAAGUGAAGACAGACAGAAAUGACAAGAAGCCCCGGAAGACCUCCCAACAGACGAAGCCACAAAGCCCUGAAGGCAGAGCCAAGAGUUCUCCACCUGCGGGCCGAGUCCUUGCAAGUAGAAUGUGUCUACGGUCUACAAGACCGAGGAAGGUGCCCUUGCCUGACGUGGCAGAGGAGAAGCAAAGGGAGAAAGGUGUGGGUGUCCACGUGAAGAAUCAGGAGGAAGAAGUAACACCACGUUCAGACGUCAUGUCUUUGAGAUCCAGAAAAGUUAAGAUCCCUCCUGGAGGAAAUGCUUUGGAGAGUGAAUCCCAACAGCGAGUAACUCGGAGUGCCAAGAGAUGUGCUGGAAAUAUAAAAAGGGAUGAGUUCAAUGCGUGCAUCAAGAGAAUAAGAACCAGAAGUCGUCGGGACAAUGAAGAUGUUUAGCUAAGACGUUUAAAAGGGGUGGGGGAAGCGAUACAUUCCAUUUAGUGAUAUGUUUUAGUAGCAUAUUUGGGUCAAUUUAAAAGGGAGUUGUGUAAAUAAUGUUAUUCGGGUGUCUAAGAAAUCUUAGAAUUUUCUAUCUCCAGAUGGCAUAUUCACAGAGGCCUCGUGGAGGUCAUGGAGAAGACUAUCCACCAUCACUCACAGAGUGAUAAAAACGUAAACCUUGGGUUGGGGCGGGUGGGGGGCUUGGGACCUAGAAAUGGCUUUCAACUUGGCAGAACGUGGCCCUGAAGUUUAUGACCCGUCCGUCCUUGUCAGCCGUGUAUGCCAGCACGUGCCGCACGGCUCUGUAAAUGCUUCACGUGGGUCUGGGUCCCACAUCAGAAUGUGAAAGCAGGGGCUUCUGUCUCUGUGUCCCCAACACUGGGCAGGCACUCAGGAAACGUUAGGGAAUGGGCAGAUUCGAAUGGAUUAAUGAGACAUGUCAGAUAUUUCUUUACAAUGGGGGAGGCUUUUGGCCCCGCUCGCCACGGCUCUUGGCCAGCUGCACAGGACAGCCCUCUCCUCGGUGUCCCCAGCACUGGAGGGAAUACAAGUGUGACCUGGAGGAAGCUGGUGGUCCCACCUUCAAGAUGGAAGGGGUCACUGAAUUUAAGGACCGACUGGGAGGGGGCCUGCCUUCUUCGCUUGAAGAAUAUUCGUCUCACCUGGGACUGCUCACAUCUGAGAAGGCCUCCACCCCGAGCCUCAGGGCCGUCGGCCGGGGCGCCCCUCAUCCCUGAACAGUGCGGCCUCUUCCGGCUACUCGUGCUUUCUGUCCUGUCUUUUCCCUUCUCCCAACCUCCUGGAUCUGCGCCUGCCUGUGCGUUCUCAGACCACACCUGUCGGCCUGCCUUAGGGCCCCACACGCCACCUUGUCCAGAAAACAACACAAACCCUCCUCCUAAGGAACGGCCGUGAUUCCCGGGCUGUCCUCAGACCCAGGCCGCUGGGCAUUUCCACCUUCUCGUGUUCUACUUUGUCUCGUUCCUCUUUCUGUGUCCCCUAAGUUAGAAGGUAGCGCAUCCUCCCUCCGGUCACCUGUCUGAGUCUUCCCCGCUCGUCCAGCCGUGUCGAGGCGAGGAUGGGACACAAGACAGGGUAGCUGUCCCCCACGGCGUCCCUGUCUGUCCAUUCUUCUGUCAUUGUGUCUGGCGUGGAGCCAGGUUCACAUAAUAAAAAAUGUUUGCUGAAUGAA